GCAAUGGGGCUGCUGGACAAACUGUCGGGCUGGCUCGGCUUGAGGAAGAAAGAGGUGAACGUUUUGUGUUUGGGACUAGACAACAGCGGCAAAACAACUAUCAUCAACCAGCUCAAACCGGCUAAUCAUUCGAAUCAUUUAGGCCCUUUGUCAGAAGAGUGGAAACAUGUUAGUCAGGCACAGGCUCAAGAAAUAGUCCCGACGAUUGGCUUCAACAUUGAGAAAUUCAAGAGUUCAAGCCUGUCGUUUACAGUCUUCGACAUGUCUGGACAGAGCAGAUACAGAAACCUGUGGGAGCAUUAUUACAAAGAGAGCCAUGCCAUCAUAUUUGUCAUCGACAGCGGUGAUAAACUGAGGAUGGUUGUGGCUAAAGAGGAGCUGGACACUCUGCUUAAUCACGAAGAUAUCUGCUGCAAAAAGAUCCCAGUUUUGUUCUUUGCGAACAAAAUGGAUCUGAAGGACGCAAUGUCUUCUGUCAAGGUUUCACAGAUGCUGUCUCUGGAGAAAAUCCAAGACAAACCUUGGCAUAUCUGUGCCAGCAAUGCGAUCAAAGGAGAGGGCCUGCAGGAAGGACUGGACUGGCUGCAAGAUCAAAUUGCACAAUCAUAUCAAAACAACGAACACAUGAAUGACUGA